AUUACACUUGUUGUUUCAGGUCCACGUAAUUUACAUUAUGACUCCAUCGGAGUUUCAAGAAUGGACUUGAACUAAUAGAAAGAGUUCGGUGUUUAAGUAAAUUGCGUAUAAUUCAUCGCACUUUUUAACUUCGCGUAAUUUCAACUCCGGGUGUGCCGCACAAAGUUUCGCGCGAUCCUCGUUUUGUGAUAAUUAGUUUGCUCGCGAUCGUAAUUAGGCGUGUUUCGCGAGUGAGUGCUGCCAAGGAAUCUGAGAGGACAUCUAGGAGAUCUAGGAAGCAUUCGGCAACAGCGGAGCAACCAUGAGCGCGAGGGAGGGAAAAAGUAGUGGUGGUGCCGCUGUGUCGUGGUGGUACAUCUGCCGGAGCGGAUCCUGAAGGCAACGCGUUCCUCUGGAGGCGCUCAGGAGACAGUCAAGAUCCAUCGCCGCUCGGAGAUGUCGGAAAGUCAAGGUGAGGCGAGGACGUGAGGGUUGAUCCGAUGAAUGGGGCCGAGCUCUGACAAAGUUUUCACCCGGGGGCGAUCAUGACAGGAACAUACCGGAGAUCGAAAGCGCGUACGAAGAUGAGGUGCAGUUCGCCAGGGGCAGCGCAACCCCUGGUGAAGACAUCAUUGGUGAAGAGGACGACAGCCAAGGCGGAGGUGGUACGAACAACUUUCCCUUGAGAAUGGCGUCCGACGCAACGAGGGGUCGAUUCAGCGUCGCCGGCGGCUUCCUACGAGGCACCGCCGGGCAGCACGUGAACUUCGACCCCGAGGCGCCUCCGAUGCCGCCAAUACAUGUCGUGCAGACGACCUGUCUGCUCGAACGACCGGAGAUUGACAAGAAAGUCAAGAGACACAGUAUACACGGCAUGAUGGAGGAAGAAAACGUCGUGAGACCUCAUCAGGAAAUGGCCAGCCUGUCGCUUCAGGAGAAGAAAUAUCUUCUCGCCGUCGAACGCGGAGACGUGGCUUCCGUUAGAAGAAUGCUCCAAAAAGCCCACGAGGCCGACAUUAACAUUAACUGCGUGGAUCCUCUCGGACGAUCGGCCCUCCUUAUGGCGAUCGAUAAUGAAAAUCUAGAGAUGGUGGAGCUUUUAAUAGAGCACAAGGUCGAAACCAAGGACGCGCUUCUUCACGCCAUCUCCGAGGAAUUCGUUGAAGCGGUGGAGGUCCUUCUAGAGCACGAGGAAACCCUCCACAGAAAUGGCGAGCCACAUAGCUGGGAGGCUCUACCUCCUGAUACAGCCACGUUCACGCCCGACAUUACGCCGUUGAUCCUGGCGGCUCACAGGGACAACUACGAAAUUAUAAAGAUCCUCCUGGAUCGUGGAUCCACUCUGCCGAUGCCACACGACGUUCGCUGCGGAUGCGACGAGUGCGUGACAUCGAGGAUGGAGGAUUCCCUAAGGCAUUCGAGGAGCCGAAUAAACGCCUAUCGGGCGUUGGCGUCGCCGUCCUUGAUAGCACUGUCGUCUAAAGAUCCCAUCCUGACUGCUUUCGAGCUCUCCUGGGAACUUCGACGGCUCUCAUUCUUGGAGCACGAAUUCAAGAUCGAGUAUCAGGAGCUCCGAAGACAGUGCCAAGAUUUCGCGACCGCAUUGCUGGACCACACUAGAAGUUCCUACGAGCUCGAAGUCCUGCUGAAUCACGACCCAACGGGACCAGCUUUUGAACACGGAGAGAGAAUGCAUCUCAACCGUUUAAAAUUAGCAAUUAAGCUGAGACAGAAGAAGUUCGUGGCGCAUCCUAACGUGCAGCAGCUAUUGGCAUCGAUCUGGUACGAGGGUCUGCCGGGGUUCCGAAGGAAGAACAUGUUCCUUCAAGCGCUGGAAAUCGUCAGAAUCGGCGUCCUCUUCCCGUUCUUCAGCGUAGCGUAUAUCAUCGCGCCUCACAGCAUAAUCGGCCAAACCAUGAGGAAGCCAUUUAUCAAAUUCAUCUGUCAUUCCGCGUCGUAUUUCACUUUUCUAUUCAUGUUAAUUCUGGCUAGUCAGCGGAUAGAGAGCGUGAUCUUUAAUUGGAUGGGGCACGAGGAAGACGUAGAGGACGUCCAGGAGCAACCAACGCCGACCAAAAGAGGUGCCGCACCAACCAUCGUAGAAUGGUUUAUAUUGGCCUGGGUGUGGGGCUUGAUCUGGUCGGAGGUGAAACAAUUGUGGGACGUGGGCCUGGAGGAGUACGUGAACGAUAUGUGGAACGUGAUUGACUUCGUAACAAACUCGCUGUACGUAGCCACGGUGGCACUCAGGAUCGUAGCUUACUUCAGGGUGCAAAAGGAGAAGGAGAUCGGGGGAUCGAGACCUCUGAUCGAGCUUCAGCGUGAGGAGUGGGACACUUGGGAUCCGAUGCUCAUCUCCGAGGGCCUCUUCUCCGCCGCCAACAUCUUCAGUUCGUUAAAGCUCGUCUACAUAUUCUCCGUGAAUCCUCAUCUCGGUCCGCUGCAAGUUUCCCUUUCGAGGAUGGUCACGGACAUUAUGAAAUUCUUCUUCCUCUACGUGCUGGUUCUCUUCGCCUUCUCGUGCGGUCUCAAUCAACUUCUCUGGUACUACGCCGAUAUGGAGAAAAAACAAUGUCCCUCAGCGAUGUCGCAUGGUAAUGUUAGCCUCUCCAAUGCCGAUCCCAACGCGUGCACCGUUUGGCGCCGAUUUGCAAAUCUGUUUGAGACAAUACAAACACUCUUCUGGGCGGUAUUCGGCUUGGUGGACCUCGACAGCUUUGAACUGGACGGCAUCAAAGAGUACACCAGGUUCUGGGGCAUGCUGAUGUUCGGUACUUAUUCGGUUAUUAACAUCGUCGUUCUCCUGAAUCUCCUGAUCGCCAUGAUGAAUCAUUCCUAUCAACUAAUUUCGGAACGCGCCGACGUCGAGUGGAAGUUCGCGAGAAGCAAACUCUGGAUCAGCUAUUUCGAAGAGGGUGGUACCGCUCCGCCGCCGUUUAACAUCAUACCAACCCCGAAGAGCGCCUGGUACAUCAUACAAUGGGUAUAUCGAAAGCUCUGUGGACACAGCAGGGCGGCCAAGAAGGAACACAUGCGAACAAUCAGGCGAAAGGUCAAACAAGCGUCCGAGCGGGACUUCAGGUAUCAGAGUAUCAUGAGGAAUUUGGUAAGACGAUACGUCACCGUCGAGCAACGCAAGACGGAAGGCGAGGGUGUCACGGAGGACGACGUGAACGAAAUCAAACAAGACAUCAGCGCUUUUCGUUGCGAGCUCAUCGAGAUACUGAAGAAUUCCGGAAUGAACACCUCCACCGCGGCGAGCAGCGGUGCCGACGGUAGCCUUAAAGAGCUGUCCGUAGGUGCUGGUGGCAAGAAAAACCGCCAGAAAGAGAGACGCUUAAUGAAGGGUUUCAACAUCGGGCCGCAGCCGGGCGGAAGCGGUAGCCUACCGCCCGUGGCCGAAUUCAUCGCGUCCCUUCAACAAGCCCAACAGGAGAACACCCACGAGUUAUUUGGCUCAACUCUGAGCGGCAUAUUCGGACCGGCCACGACCGCGAAGAGGAGCCCACAUCACACCAGCACUAAUAGCAUGCCCGGGUUGGCCAGCGGGUCACGACCAAGCCACGGUACUCGCAGUAGCUCCCGGAAAAAGCGCUGGGGCACUCUCAUCGAAGCUGCGAAAGCUGGCAGAGUCUCCAGACUGAUCGGUAGGUCUCGUUCGGAGGACUCUGUAUACUCGCCAGCGUCCGAGGACGGCGGCUCGCGAUCUGAAGGCUCCUCAGACUCAAAGUCCUCCCUCGAAGGAGCCGGUCAUGAUGUACAAAAUGGGCAACACCCCCAUCACUCUCAAUCUCAUCAUUCGCAUCACGAGGCGCAUCACAUGUUUACCCACGGCCUGGGCCCAGCUCUGGCCGCCCUGAGGAAGAAGCGUAAAAAGUUCUCCGCCUCGAGGUCAUCCACCCCCGCGAUGACCAGCAGCACUAACACGAAUCCCGCGGACUCGAGCACGACGUCCUCGGUCGCCACCGUCCUGACGGCCAGGAUCUCUUCGAAGAAGAAGCAGUUGCAACGCGCCAGCAGCGUGCCCACCCGGGGCCCCGAAUUAACGCCACAGUCGUCAAUAACGUCGUCGCAAUGGCAGGAGGUCACGCAGAGCCAACGGCAGCCCGAUAUCAAUGUCGAGAUGAUCAUCAACGAGCGCAUCAACGCGCAGCAAGGUGCCCCACUGCCGUUGACCACUGAGGAGAACGUGGUAGCGAGCGGCUCGACGUCGAUCACGGCGAAGCGAAAUGGAUCUGCGGCGCAGCUGCAACGUCUUCCCGGCAUCGAGCCGAUUUCCGGCCACGACGUGUCCGCCGGCUGGCUCUGAGGAAACGGAUGUGUCGCCGACGGGCGGCGGCCGACCAGCUGACACAGGAAGCAUCAGUCGGAACUCAGCUUCGAGCUUCGUUUACAACGGCCAUGAGGCUAGAACGACGUCGACGACGAUAGUGCGCACACGCACGCGCGUGCACGCGGCACAACCGUCCCGACGUCGGCAGACGCACAAUGAUGCCUUUCUCGCGACGCGAUGCGACGCGCCAUGCCGAUUAAACGUAAGAGCGACGUCGAUCGGGAAUCUCGAAGAAACUCCCAUUUCUUAUCAGGAUCUCAUCCCCUUCCCUUCGCCAAUCCUUUUGCCACGAACACUUCCUUCAACGAGACAAUGGCUCGAAAAUUGCACUUCAAGAUUAUCGGUACGUUAUAUCUAUUAUUUAUAUUUUUUUUACAUAUUUAUUUUUAUAUUUAUUAUUCUAUAUUUUAUAUCCACGAAGGAGAAUUUUUACGAUUCCAGUGAAUUUCUAUUUUCUUCUUCCUCAAUUUAAACUCUUCUCGAGCAAAGAGAGCAGUCGUGUAUAAAAUGGUUUCGUAUCAUUUGUGCACUACUACUGUCCAAUAGUAUUGUCCAAUCGUUUUCGAAAUUAGUAAGGGUAAGGAAAUAUCAUGUACAAUUGAUUCGCGGCACCUUCUCGCGCGGCUGUCUUUGAGCGACGAUCGACGGUGUAGAUUGUACUUGAGAAUUAUUACUAUUACUACUACUGCCAGAGAUAAAGGAAGUGGCACGUGUGAGUCGGCGGCAAAUAGCCUAGUCAACACUAGUCAGAGUCAGAUCUUGUAACAAAGGAGUGAAAAAAAAGGAAGCUAUUAAUAUAUUAUUAAGUUAACUGUCGAGGAAGAACGCGACGAAUUGCGUUACCUCGAACAGAAGUCAAAUCUAUCGCAUCUCUUCAGAGAGCUGGUCUACUGAAGGAUGAAACUCGUAGUCUCUUAGCUCUUCUCAAGCGUUCAUUGUUUCGAUAGUUUCUUCCAUAUAAAUACUUAUCCUACUCUAGUCAUGACACGAGCUAAUCGAUAAUCAAUCAUUGCCAACGGAUUUCUAUUAUUUUUUAUUCCACGAUAUAGUUUACGACGGCCACGAAUGCGCGGCAUUGAGAGAAUCAAUUAUAUAAUAAUUCUUCCGUAAGACAUGCACGAUAGAUUGCAUGAAAGAGAGACGGCUGGAUUCCUUUAAAGUCACACAUUUCUGCAAAAUUCCGAUGUAGAAUUAAUCGCUCCGUUAAUUACAAGCUCGUGACUGUUAAAAGACGAAGUCGUCUUUUAACGAUCCAACGCGUAACUCUCUGCCUAUAUAUUUGGACUAUCAAGGCGGCUAAAUCUUAUCGACGAAUCGAUUCUCGUGAGGCGCAGAAGAGCAGGAGCGAGUGGCACGACCAAAGAAUACGCCGGUAGUACAUAGUCGAGUAGUGGCCUAAAAGGAACGAGAGUCCUAGAUAUUACGUACUAUUUCCUAGAUAUUACGUGUAUGUACGUUAACAACAAUUAUUACUAUCGUUAAUGUCAAACGAAUCGCGCGAUCAGCACCACAGGUAAGUUCCUGAGGAGCAAGUCGCCCAGAGGGCACUGUCCAAUUGCUCGCUCGUUUCGUCCCUUUAUUCGUCAUCGAUCUUCCCCGCGGUCUCGUUAACGCCGUAAGAGAGAUAUGAUCAUUAUUGAAGCGCUAUAUAUUUAUCAAACGGAUCAAACCGGCGCGACGCGGCGGCGCGGCGAAGUAACACUUCUAUAAAAAUAAAAUAGGAUUUGGACGAGUUGAUCGAACGAGUUAAUUAAGCGUUUUAAGAAAAGGUAAAUUUUUAAUAGGCGUUAUAAAUUUAAGAAAUUAUAUAAUGCAUCAUAAAAAAAGAUUUCAUUGUUUUAUAUAGUUGAUAUUAUAAUAUAUUGAGAGCUGGUUAUUUAUAUGAUCGUAAGAAAAGGGACGUAAUAUAAUGGUUUGGCGCUCUUGGUAGAUGUACAGUGAUUUAGUCAUUUUUAUCUCACCUACGUGUAUUAUUUAUAUGAGAUUAUUAAUGUAACUGUGUGAAGCUAGAUUUUUCCAGUUGGUGAUAAGUGUAAGCGAGAAUGCUCACGGUGAAAGAGGAAAGGAAAAAAAAGAGCUGGAGCCAACUGAUUGCGCGUGAUGGUGCUUGGAAUUAUUUGAAUAAAAAGUCCUGCGAAUCCGAUCGAAUUUUCUCACAAUCACGUUUCCGUUUGCCCGUGCACGUGCGCGACUUUGCGCGCGAAAACGCGCGCGUCACGAUAAAUAAUGGAAAACGGCGUAGCGAGGUCGAAAAACCUCUCGGAGUUGUACGAUUUUGGACGUUCUCCAAAGACAGUUAAUCGCAAUUCCGGAGUCUGCGGUGAAUUACGGGCGCAUGAAUUUCUACGUCGGAACGUAAGAAUAACAAGCGUGAUACCUGCAGCAUUAAUCGCUCGAGGCGAUCAAUCGCACGUUGCUCGAGGCGACGACGUAUCACGUACGUUUCGAAAACGUGCAGCCGCAGAAGCGUGAGAAUAACGCGAGAGACGAAAAUUGAAUAUUCGACUUUGAAUUUAAUUUCAAACGCGCUUCCCAUUUACGUCAUAAUUAGCAAAUGGUGUCAAACAUGAAGAGACUUCUACAUUCUUUCCGUCGUACAGCAAAAGUAAAUUUGAUAACAUAAAUUUAAUAUUAUGGUUAAUCAUUUUGAUAGAUAGUUUAUUUCGAUAUCUGAUAUUCAUUCGUAAACGACGCCGGGUUUGGAUAUAUUAAAUUUGAACGGACACAUUAUGAGAGAGAGAGAGACAAACGUUUUCAUCUGAUAGAAAGCGAUUACACUGAAUCUGUGUUUCGUGGUAUCGAUUGAAAUUCGAUGGGAAUCAGCAGGCGGCAAACGAAAUGUGACCAUUAAUAAAAUAUCAUUUAUUCUGAUAAUCCGUUUAUUUCGCAUUUAGCAUUUUGUACGGAGGAAUAGAACAGAGUAUAACGUUUAUUAACGCGAUUAAUUCGAAAGGAGGGAGAUAUCGGCGAUAGAGGACUGGCAGUAAUGUACAUUGAUAGUCUAUAAAAGCAUCGAUUAAUAUUAAUUUGAAUGUUCAACGUGGAUCGUUUUGUGAAGUGGAACGUUAUUAGAAUAUUUCGUUCCCUAUAUACAUACGAUAUAUAUAAUAUAUAUAAUCCAAAUGUUUUUAAUAAUUAAAUAUUUUAAAUCAAACUAUAUCUUUUUGUUACCGUAGCGCUUUUUGGCGUAGAAUAAAGGAAUCGCGCUCGCGAAAGAAUAUAAGAAAUAAUCAAAUUGCGCACGGGACACAAUAAUCCACGUUAUGCAUUCGUGUAUGUGGCUUAGGUCUCGUACGUUCUAAGAUUAAAAAUUUACAGAGAUUUACCUCUUUGCGAAUGUAAUUAAACUAUCUUUUUCUGA